AUGUCGCCGCAACACCCGCAGCCGCAGCGCCCUCGCUGGCGGGCGCCAUCACAGGUUCUUGUGGUGGCCCUCGCCUGCACCCUCGCCCUGGCCCAGAGUGCCACAGCCGCUUCUUCUUUGGACUCCUUUGCCCGCAUCCGGCGUGAUGUCCCGUCUGCUCCCCCGAGGAACCCGACGACCACGCCCACACCCGGUGGCGCGUUUGCCGUUUCGUGGGAAGCGCCCGACCCCGGCACGACCAACGGCGCCAUCACCGGUUACGUGAUCCGCAUCCGCCCUACGGCUCCGCAGCCCCCGACGUGGGCCUACGGCAACGCCACCCUCGACGCCACGGACGUGGAGGUGUCCUCGAGCACCUUCUCCUACACCCUGGCCAACGAGCUCUCGUUCCCGUUCUCUGGCUACGAUGUCGGCGUCGCCGUCAAGAACGCCGAGGGCUUUGGCCCCUUUGCCAUGCUCUCCGUCGACCCGCCAAACAGCAUCCCGUCCGGCCAGCCGCGCUCCGUGACCACGUCCCUCCCACCUGUGGACCCGAUGACCUACCCGCCAGACGCGGACGAGGUCAUCGUUCAGUGGACCGUGCCUGCAGGCAUCUGGUUCCGCAACGCGCCCGCCAUUGGCUUUGACCUCGUGGCCACGCCCGUGCCGGGCAGCACCACGGACGAAGUGGUGACCGUCCGCUUCCCCAAGCAGUGGCAGGACGGUGACUCGCCCGACGAGCAGCUCACGGCCUCCAUCACGGGCCUCACCCCAAACACGGAGUACGUCGUGCUCGUGUACACGAUUGGCCUGGACGGUGACCGCAGCACCGCUUCCUUCAUGACCACGGAGAAGACGCGUCCGCACCUGCCCACGGUUGCACCGGCGGGCCUCAGCGUGGACGACACCUCUGCCACGACCUUCAACCUCUCCUGGGACGCCAUGAGUGCCAGCACACCGGGCAGCAACGGCGACAUUGUUGGCUAUCGCAUCUACCACGUGCCCUCCGCCGACCGCGGCUGCACUCACAUGACGUGCCCGCCUCCCUCGCCCUGCCAGGAUGACCCGCGCUGUGAGUUUGGCGUGUGCACGUACACCAACAAGCCCGACAACUCCACAUGCGACGACGGUAACGACGAAACCGUGUAUGACCACUGCGAGGCUGGCGCAUGCAUUGGCGAGAUUAUCAACCAGCACAUCACCCAGCAGCCCGCUCACCGCCACAUCAACAUGAACACGCGCAGCCAUGGCGGAGGAUACAUGCCUCGACUCGGCGAGUUCUGGUACCCCUACUGGAGUGGCUCCAGCGUGUACAGAUAUGCAGAGGAUGGCACGUACAAGACAGGCUUUGGCACCAGCUCAAGCAACAUGAUGCAACUCUGGGGCGAGCCCGACUCCCUGUACUACUACACUGCCAAUUGGAAUAGCCAAUACUGCCGCAAGAUUGGUCCCUUUCCCAGCACGAGCGUGCAGUGGACGUAUUAUCCUCAGCCACAGACCACUGUGGGUGGCAUCGCAACCGACAGCAAUUACGCGUACUGUAUUCAGAACGGCCGAUCCACUGUGCACGUGCUCAACAAGGACACCGGCUCGCUGGUCCGCACGUUUGACCUAACUGGUGGCAGCAUCAGCAGCCUGUACGGUGCCUUUGCUGUUGUCAACGACAAAAUUUACUACGGCACGGGGCAGUACUUCUACCGCCACAACCUGGAGGAUGGCACCUUUGAUGGCUUCAGGUUCCAAACUGCCCGCACCAUUUACAACAUGGCUUUUACGGGACAGGACCUUUGCAUCAGCCAGAACGACAACGAUGUCUUCUGCUAUCAGGUCAUCUCCCACAACAUUUGGAAGCCUGAUGAUGGCGCAUAUCUCUUGGACACGGUCAACGCAUACACUUCGAUCUCCAUGAACACUCGCUCCCAUGGCGGUGGCUUUGCACCCAUGCACCGCGAGUACUGGUAUCCCUACUGGUCAGGUUCCACCAUCUACAGGGUGAGUGACAAGACUAUGUCGGUUGAUGAAGCAGACAUUAUUCGUGAUGCUCAGGUGCACUUUUUCGUUGCUUGCCAACAGGCGCGCCUCACACACACACACACACACACACACACACACACACACACACACACACACACACACACACACACACACACACACACACACACACACACACACACACGCACGCACGCACGCACGCACGCACACGCACGCACGCACGCACGCACGCACGCACACGCACACACUCUUGCCGAUUUUCAAUCACACUCCUACUGCCCGACAUUUGGUGAGGCCUACCAAGGGCGUGAUCAGCGAGUUGUGGCGCGUAUGAGGAGAGAUGGCAUAACAUUGCUCAACUUCCCCUUGGCUCACCACACACACACACACACACACACACACACACACACACACACACACACACACACGGAUACACACACGCACACACACACACACUCACACACAAACCAACCAGGUGGUGGCCACGACCUUCGUUUCUACUCCAACUGCCAGCGCGUGACGACGAACUCGCAUUCGUACCGCAUUGCGUCUGGCGGCUACAAUGACUACUGGGCCACCGGCACCAACAGCAUCUAUGUCGAUGAGAUGGAGGUGUUCUAUCUCACGGAGGACGCGUAUGACCCGUGCGAUGGUAUUGUGUGCCAAACCAACCCGUGUACCCCCGCCAACGUGUGCCAGCUCGGUGUGUGCAUGUCCACCACCAUUGCUGACGGAACCCCGUGCGACGAUGGCGACGCCACGACGGCGUUUGACACGUGUGUUGCCGGCCAGUGCGUGGGUGCUUCGCGCUACUCCAACACGUCCUCCUACACCCUCGACGACCUCCACCCCGGACGCACAUACGCUGUGCAGGUGCAGGCGUACACCAGCAUUGGCGGCGGUCCGCUCAGCGAUGCCGUUCACGGCACCACACUCGAGGCGCCGCCAUCAUCUGGCCCUGUGGACGUCGCCGGCACAGCGCUGUCUGAUUCGAAGAUCAAGCUCACAUGGAACGCACCAGCCAACCCGACGCACAACGGCCGCCUUCUUGGCUACGAGGUUUACAUUGCCUCUGCUGGUGGCCCGGCCGCGUUUGUGACGAGCCUCAACUACUACACCUUCACCGUCACGGGGCUGAAGCCCUACACGGAGUACACCUUCUACCUGACCACGUUCAACGGUGCCGGUGCCUCACCGCCAUCCCAGAACAUCACUGUGCGAACACAGGAGGCACCACCUGGCCCACCGUCCAACGUGCAGGCUGACGAAGAGCUGUCUGACAACGGCGAGGUGAUCACCAUCAGCUGGCAGCCACCAUACGAGCCAAACGGCAUCGUCACCAAGUACACCAUCUACUACAAGAAGCUCGGUGGCACGUGGCAGUCCAUGACCACGUCCAGUGGCAGUGUGCGGUCCGUUGAGAUUGAUGGCCUGGACCCCAUCUCCACCUAUGUCGUGCAAGUGACGGCGUGGACGUCAGCUGGCGAGGGCGAGCGAAGCAACCCCAUCACCCCCACCACCGGUCAGGGCAUUCCUCGCACACCGCCCGACAACGUCGACGCCAACGCGCUCAACAAGACAGCCAUCAAGCUCACGUACGAGCUUCCGCCGUCGGAUGAGGGCGACGUCGUUGAGUACAGCAUCUACUACACGCCAGAGUAUCUGCCUGAUUCGUGUGACGACAUCACCUGUGUUCGCGCCAGCGCGUGCUACGAAGAAGCAACAUGUGUUCUCGACCCAUACCGUGGUCCAAUGUGCCAGCAGACCCCGAAACCAGACGGCACGCCGUGCGGCGAUGAUGAUGAAAACACCCAAUUUGACACGUGCGUGGCCGGUGAGUGCCGCGGCGUACCCGCGCCCAACAACCUCAACUCCUUCCCGAGCGUUCUCUCCACCUCGUGGCCAUCGCGCAGCUACGGCAUGGGCUACAGCCCGCGCCGCCACGAGUGGUGGUUCCCGGAGUACACGUCUUCCUCCGAUGGCACCAUCGUGUACAGGUAUGACGCCACGGACGUGUCCACGUAUCUCGGCCGAUUCCGCAUCCAGCAGCGCCGCUACAUCAUGCAAAUCUGGCCUGAUGUGGAUGACACGUAUCUGAUUGAUACGUAUGGCGACAACUACGUCCAUCGCAUGGGUCCAUUCCCGCUCGUCACGACCAUCUGGUCAUACAACGUGGGCAGUACGGUUGGCGGUGUGUCUGUGUACCGUGACAAGGUGUACGUCAUUCGCAGUGGCAGCACCAACCUGCGCAUCCUCGAUCGCGACAGCGGCCAAUACCUCCAGUCUGUCAACCUGCAAAGCUCGCCGGGCUUCUCCAACAUUUAUGGGACUUUCGCUGUCGUUAACGGCCGCAUCUUCGCUGGUGACUACAACGACAGAUACAUCUACCAGUAUGACCUAAGCAACUUCCAGUACCAGUCCCGCUACAUCUACCACAACCAGGACACGCGCAAGCUCGGGUUUGAUGGACAGAACAUCUGCCUGAGCUACUCCAACGAUCCAGUGCAAUGCUACCAAGUUGUGGAUGAGAAUGUGUACGGCGACCGCUCUGUGUUCCAGCGGAGACCAACGCAGGCCAUCAUGGGCUCUGAGAUCCUGACCAAGGACAUGAACCUGGCCAUCUCCAAGGAGGUGUCGCCCAACAGUGACACGAGUUUCAAGCUUUGCUUCCGCGCAUCCGACCACGGCUUCUCCGGCUCCACCUUCCACUCACGCUGCGACAACAAGGGCCAGACGGUCGUCGUUGUCCGCUCGACAGAGGGCAGCCCACAGGGUCCACGUGUGUUUGGCGCCUUUGCUCCCAACAGCUGGCGCUCUGACACGUCCACGUAUCUGCGUGCCGACGACGCCUUCCUCUUCCGCUUUGUCAACAACGGCCAGUUUGAGCGCACAGAGCUGCUCAACUACCCGCAGUACGCGCAGUACACACGCCCAAACUACUGCCCAGAAUUCGGCAACUCUGAUUUCCGCAUGUCAACCGACUGUCGGUCUGGAUACACCAGCACGAGUGCCUACACUGUGCACCAGAGCAGCAGCACGUACAACAACGAGUGGUUGACUGGCUCCUACAACAGCUGGCAAGUGGAUGACGUCGAGGUCUUCUACCGCGUGGACGUUGCAGCCGAUCCGUGCUCCGAUGUGACAUGUGAUCCACCAAUGGAUCAGUGCAAGCAGCCCGGUCGCUGUGUCAGUGGCGAGUGCGUCUAUGACGAUGCGCCAGAUGGCACCGACUGCGACGAUGGCGACGAUGCGACGGUGUUUGACUCGUGCCAGGACGCCGUCUGCGUUGGCCGCCAUCCCGUCAUCACGGAGGACAACCAGCACACGUUCACUGGCCUCGACCCGUACACCACCUACGCCUUCCGUGUGGCUGCCCGCACCGUCCGCGGUCCACCCCAGGAUGUGGUGGCGCGAGCGGCAGCAACGACAAUUCUGCACAUCACGUGGAAGCAGCCGCUGUUUGGCGAGCGCCACGGCACCAUCUCAUCGUACAAGCUGUGGGUGCAGCGCCUGAACAGCAUGCGCCAGCCAGCGGGCACACCCUGGACCAUUGUCACGGGCAAAGACCUCACCAACUUCAACCUCACAGAUCUCGACGCGUACACAUACUAUCAGGUCAAGGUGGCUGCCUCCACCAUUGAUGGCCUGGGUCCGUACAGCGAUGCGUCGAUUGCUCGAACAGCAGAGGGAACACCACCCGUUGCACCCACGAACGUGCAGGUGGACAGCACAACAACCGAGACUGUCACGCUCAGCUGGGACCCAAUCAGCCCACUCGAGGCUGAUGGCAUCCUCAUUGGCUACACCAUUUCUGUGCGUCAGGGACCAAGGACCGACUGCACACGCCACCCUGCCAGUGUUGACGUUGUCUACAUCGACACACCGCGUGUCGAGACAUACACGGUGGUGGAGCUGCAGGACACAGCCGUGUAUCCAUAUCAAUUCCAGGUUGCAGCCCGCACUGCUGCUGGCGAGGGCGUGUACUCUACACCAGCGCUGCACAUGACGAGCGGUGGUUCGCAGGUGUGCGCUGGCCCGUCCGUGUGGACAUCAGACGUCACCACCACAUCUGCCAACGUGUGGGUGAAACCUCCUUUGUCAGUUGAGCUGAACGGCAACACCAUUGCCACCAUCAACGUGACCGUCACGGCCGUCGAGGACUCCAACCGCCACCCCAUCACCGGCGCAACACCGGCAUGGCUCGUGUUCUCUGCUGCUGAUGGCUUCAACGCCAGCCAGGCGCUGUCUGGGCUCGACCCGUACACGGUGUACAGCGUGGAGGCCGUGGUCAUCACCACGACUGGCGUGUCUUCGCCGACGUCUGCUCCCUACACGUUCCGCACCGCCGAAGCGACGCCAGGUGCUGUGGGCUCCCUCAUUGCACAAGAGGUUGGCGACGUGGUGAAGGUGCUGUGGACGCCGCCAUCGCCGGCAAACGGAGCGCUCCAGUAUCGCAUCACAUUCACGCCCGCCGUUGAUGGCACGAGUGAUUUCACCACGUCCUACGCCAACUUCAGCCUCGACGUCCUCUCGGGCACGACGUACACCGUCAGGGUUGUUGCGCUGACGGGCGCAGGUGAUGGUCCAGCACGCCAGACGACGGUGGAGACUGUCCCGGCCAACGUGGCUGCACCUGUCAUAACGCUUCAAUCCGCAGCAGAGACAGAGCUGCGACUCAAGGCCACUUGGACCAGCCCACUCACUGCCUUCCACCUCCAAUACAAGGCAGAGGGGGAUGAUGAUUUCAGCGAUGUCAUGGACUACGCCGUGUCUACCAAUGCACGCCAACACACCUUCACCCUCUCUGGCCUGGAGCACUCCACAUCCUACACCGUCCGCGUUCAGGCCGACACCGACGAUGGCCUUGGUCUCACUGCCCAAUACGAGCACGCCACAGCCGUUGUUCCUCCAAGCGCCCCGCAGACAGUGGUGGCCAUGGCCGUCAACAGCACGCACGUGCGCGUGACGUGGUCUCCUGUCAUGGCUGAGCAUCGUCUCGGCGAGGUGCGCGGGUACCGCCUGUCCAUCGAGCAGGGCAUCAGCCUCCUGCCACCAUUCGAUGCCGGCCUCACCACCUGGUACAUCGUUGGCGGUCUCAACCCCGUCACCACCUACCGCGUCUCCGUGAUUGCGUACAACGAUGGCGGUGAUGGCGAUGCCAGCUCUCCGCAGUCGGUCAUGACAGCGGCCACCGUGUGCGCAGAUGACGAGUACGAGACAGCACCACCCAUGGGAACGAUGGACCGCCAGUGCGGCCCCUGCUCGUCGUGCGGCUCUGGCAUGUACGAGACGGCCGCCUGCACGCGCACCAGCGACACGAUGUGCGCCGCAUGCAGCACAACCUGUGGCGAGGACGAGUGGAUUUCGUCGCCCUGCACGGCGUCGUCCGAUAUCGAGUGCUCCGCCUGCUCCACGUGCGACCUCUCGGUCGAGAGCCACGUCGCAAACUGCACCCUCUUCUCCGACACCGUCUGCGUCCCAUUCACCACGACGACGACCACGACCACCACAACCACAACAACGACUACUCUGCCAACAACGACCGUUCCAUGCCACCCGAGCUGCGCCACGUGUGCUGGCGAGGCAGCUGACGAGUGCCUGACGUGCCACGGCAGCUACAGCGUGUACCUUGGACGCUGCGUGCCAUCGUGCCCCGCCUCCACAUACAAGGAGAGCGGCCAGUGCUUGACAUGCCCUGCCACGUGCGACAUCUGUACGAGUGCUGACGUGUGUGUCACGUGCCGUCGUGGCUUCUUCCGUCAUAACGGCGCCUGUGUGGACGCGAGCAGCUGCCCCUCCGGUUCCUACGCUGACGCUGACUUGGGCACAUGCGUGCCAUGCACCACUGGUUGCGCCGAGUGCAAUGCCGAUCGCUGCAUGCAGUGCGCUGGCACCAAGCUGCUCCUGCCAACCGGCGACCAGUGCGUGGACGCCUGCCCGGACCAGUACUUUGCAUCCACCACGACGCUGGGUGCACGCGAAUGCAAGGCGUGCGACACCUCGUGCAAGUCGUGCUCUGGCACUCUGCCGACACAGUGCACGGCCUGCUUCGAUGGCGAGGAGCUGAAGAACGGCCGGUGCGUGCUGCCGGGCGGUGGUGGCAGUGGCACGACCAAGAGCCCAACAACACGCGACCCGUCUGCCUCCCAAUCUGGCACAGACAGCACUGCUGACUCGAGCACGCUGAUUUACGUCGCUGUUGCUGUUGGCGCCGUCAUCGCCCUCGCCCUCAUCAUGAUUGGCGUCGCGCUGCUUCGCCGCAAGAACGCAAAGGCUGUCAGCGGUGGGGAUAAGCUCGAGGGCCAACAGGGCUCAACAUUGUCGUCGUAUCGCUCCGGCUCCAUCCACGGCCGAGACAUGGUCAUCUCCAACCCAGCGUACAUGAUGAACGAGCCAAAGCCGUGGGCGCAGCAGCAGCAGCAGCAGCAGCCGGCGAAGAAACCGGUCAACGACGCCGACAUGGAGCCGUUGUACGAGGAUCAAGAGCUCUACGAUGAACCGGAAGGCGGUGGCUAUCUCACGGUUGAUCCCAACGAGCAGAAUGGCAUCAGUGGUGACGGCAACAGUCAAGAUAACGAGGACGAGGACCUGUACGCUGAGCCCUCUGCCAUGGAAGUCAAGACCGCCGGAGACGGCGACAAUGCCGAAGGCGGCACUCACUCUGAUGACGAGUGA